AUGGCCGCUGCCAAGACGCUCGCGGGCAAGGUCGCGCUCGUCACGGGCAGCACGUCUGGCAUUGGGCUGGCCAUGAUCCGCGCGCUGGCAGCGGCGGGCGCGGACGUAGGCCUGCACGGCUUCGGUGAUGCGAAGACGAUUCAGGGGAUCCAGGACCAGCUGCGUGGCGACCACGGCGUGAGGGUGUUCUACUCCAACGCAGACCUGCGGCAGCCCAGCCAGAUCAAGGGCCUCGUGGAUGGCGCCGCAGACAAGCUCGGGGGCCUUCACAUCCUGUGGUGA